AGAGCGCCGGCCGGCCGGGAGGACACGGCAGCGCAGCCCGCCCGCUCCCGUCAGCGCGUCACUUGUAAGCUUUUAUUUUGAUUUUUUUUCUGGAAAAAAGCCUUUUUAAACAUUUUUCAAUCCCCGCUCAGCAGCCGCGGGGCUGUCCGGCCGCUGGCAGCCCCUUCCGAGCGGCUUCCCCGCCCGGUAACUCUCUGCCGGGGUGCUGCUUAAUGGUCCAGGUUUUAUUUUCCUUCGCGCUCUCGGCGUUCGGAGCCGAUCGUUGCGUUUGCUGGAGCAAGGGGAGAGACUUGGGUGUUUCCAAGGCGUUUUUCCGGGGUGUUUCGGGUUGUUCCGCAGGUCCCUGGGUCCCAUGCGGACACUUGGCUCCCAGCCGUGCCUGCCCCCGGAGCUCUGCCCGCAGUCAUUUUCUCCCUUUGAUCUCGCUGGAUUCUCUCUCGGGCUGUGCAGCUCCGCUCGCACCUACCUGCCCGCCGCACGGCUGCCGGAGAGCUCGCUUUGUCUUUUUCCUGAUAUCUUUUUAUUAUGCUUUUUUUUCUUUUAAUAAGGCCAAAUCCAAACAUUAUCAGACCCACGUAGUUUUCUUAAGCUACUGGAAAUAACUUUUUCCCCAGGAUUUACAGCGACGUUUCCCUCCAGCCCGGCCCCCACGGACUCCACGCCGCCUCACAGUGCUGAAGACCCCUCGAUGCGUUUCAUGUGACCUUUGGGCAGACCAUGGAACUUUGUGUUUCAUUUUGUGGGGCCUUUAGUUGCGAUCUCCUCAAUGUGCGCGUGGAAGCGGCCGCACCGGAACUCAGGCGUGCACAGAAAUUGUACAAGAGAAACCAGAUAUGCUGUAACUUUUUGCUCGAUACCUGUUUGGCUCAGUAUCUAAUCUUUUGAAGUGUUUUGGGGCCUUUUUCUUGCCUGGGAACUUGAAACUAUGAAGAGAAGCUCUGUGCCUUAUUAAUUAUCCUGGAGAGCUGCCCCCGGAGUCUGAACGCGGAUUGCUGGGAGAAAAGUAAAGUCAAUCUCCAAACUUGAAUGAAGCGCUUCUGGCACGAGAGAGAUGGAAGGGAUCCGCUCGAUUUGGAAGAGGACGAUACAGAAGCAAACUUUCUUUUCACCAUAAAUUCAAUAAAUACCUCCUGCACAAUUUCCGAGAAGGAUACUGGUAACUGCUGGUAACACUCAAGGUGGAGAGCUUGUGGGGAAUGGUGGCAAGAAGCUGAGGUGUCUCUCAGGGGCACCUGAGAUGGAUGUUUUGGACCUGUGGAUCAUCCCACCGCUUGGGCAGGAGACACGAGGACACGGCGUCCAUGGGGAGAUCUCCCCUGGCCUCGUCUCCGUGGGGCUGACGAGUUCCUAACGCUCCCCGCCGUUCCUGCCUCUCCGAACUGAUUUCUUGCGUGCAACCUGUUUCGCUGAUCUUUCCGGAUUUAUCUGCUGGAGGAAGGACUCGUAAUCUAGGAUAUUUUGGGUGUCUGUUUGUUUAAAAUAUGCCUUUGAGCUCCCAGCGGCCUUUGAGCACGUGGCAGCGAGGAAGAGACGCGGCGAUGGCGAGAGCCGGCGCGGUUGCCCGCUGAGCAGCGCUGGCCCCGCUCUCCUCCUCCUCCCACCUCCCUGGCGCCGGGACCGCGCGCCCGGGAACCCGACGAGCUUUGCCGAGGGCCGGAGCUCCGCCGCGGGCUGAGGACGCGUUCCCGAGCGGUAUGUGUGGCCCGAGCCCGCUGCUGCAGCUGGUAGCAUGAGUGCUGGCCCCCAGCUGCAGCUGGCUCUCCUCUGGCCUUGGCUGCUCAUGGCGACGCUGCAGGCAGGACUGGGCCAAAAGGGGCUGGCGGCGGCGGUCGAGUCGGAGCGGGCGGCGGCACAGAAAGCCAUCAUUCGCGUGAUCCCCCUCAAAGUGGAGCCCAUCAUACUGGAGGGGGAGUUUGCAAACGUCGCCGAGGUGACGCCGGCCGAAGGAAAACUGCUGCAGUCCCACCCGCUGUCCCUGUGCAACACCAGCGAGGAUGAACACACUGAAUCGGGGUUCAUCACCAUCGUCAAGCUUGAACAGCCGGAUCGGGAUCCCAACCCCUGCCUGUCUCUGGCUAACAAGGCAAAGCUGGCGGGGGAGCGUGGAGCCCGUGCGAUCCUCUUUGACAUUACUGAUGAUGAAAGCGCUGCUGAUCAGCUGAGAAAGCCCAGAGGUCUGAGUCAGCCUGUGGUUCUGAUCAGGGGCCACGACGCUGAGCUCCUCAUGGGCGUCGUGAACAAGAACAGAGAAGCCCACGUGAAGAUAGAGGUCAAGGAGCCACCAGCUUGGCCAGACUAUGACGUGUGGAUUCUUCUCACGGUGGUCAGCACUGUUGUUGUCAUCAUUUUGAUUUUUGUUGUUCGCACAAAGUGCCAGCUAAACAGGACUCAGGACUCCCUGCAGCAGCAGACGGUGCAGGCCAUCCGGCAGCUGGCCACGCGCACGUACCAGGCCCGGUGCCGGCAGGCGUCGCGCUGGGACUCGGCCAGCAGCUGCAGCUCGGCCCCGGUCUGUGCCAUUUGCCUGGAGGAGUUCAGCGAGGGCCAGGAACUGCGGAUCAUCUCAUGCUCCCACGAGUUUCACCGGGAAUGUGUUGACCCUUGGCUGCAGCAACACCACACAUGUCCUCUUUGCAUGUUCAAUAUUCUUGCCAGAGACUCGGUGGACCAGGCCGUGGCCACUGGCUCCAGGCUGGCCCCUCGGGACAUGGAGCCUGGACGGCGACUCCACCUUUUCCGCCAGCACCCGGGACAUGCCCUUUACCACCUCCCACACGCAUAUCCUCAGAGGAACCUCCGGAGCUUCCCCUUGGAGCCAACCCACAGCAACCCCUUCUUCCACUCUCCAGAGCUCUCCCAGCUGGAUUUUAGCACCAUCCACUACGUGCCCUAUAGAGCAGCCACCUCCCUGCCCGCCUGCGCCCACCCAUCCCCCCUGGCCGCAGGUUUGCUGGGCCAGCAGCACCCCAACCCCUCAGCAUGUGGGCAGACGCUGUCACCCCACAGGACUUGUUCCCUCCAGCCCACCUGCCUGGGGCUGAAGGCAGCCCUGGCACAGAAGCAGCACCGCGCACCCCCCCUGCGCCGGGGGGUCGGCCAUGGGCACCAGCACAACAGCAGCGGCUCCGGGGAGAGCUACCUGACCGAGCACAGCGGGUACCUGGCGGACGGGCCGGGCAGCGACUCCAGCUCAGGGCCCUGCCAUGGUUCCUCCAGUGACUCCAUGCUGAACUGCACGGACGUCAGUCUGCAGGGCAUCCACGGCAGCUGCUCCACGUUCCGCAGCUCCCUCAGCAGUGACUACGACCCCUUCGUGUACUGCAGCUCGGAGGGACCCCCCACAGACACGGGCCAGGAGCAGCCGUGGCCGCUGAGGGACACGCGGCCCAGGUCCUUGGACCUGUUGGUGCCGGGGGGUGCUGCUCCGGCCAAGCCCCAGGUGCUCAGCCACGUCCACUACCACCACCACCAGCACCACCACUACGGCAGAGAUGCGGAGUGUCCCCCUGGGCGCGCUGGGCAGCGCAGAUCCCGGCACUCGGGUGCCAAGGUUGGCUUCCACGGUGUUCGGACACAAAAGAGAACUGAGAAAAGCCAUCAGUGUCAGCAGGCCCUGGAAAGCAGCGCUGUGCCGCAGGAGGCAGCUCCAGCCUGUCCCCAGCAAGGCCGGGAGCCUCCUCAUGUCCCCUCCGCUUCUCCAAACAGGUUGGACUUCAGUGCCACCAGACAAUCGGGAGCACCUGCAACGUCCCUGCUGCCCCCGAGACACAGCUUACAGAGCCGUCAUCACCGAAGGAAAAGAAAAUGUCCCCUGGAGCCUGACCCUGCUCUCCUGCCCGAGGACUUGGCUUUGCCCAAAGCCUGCGAUGCUCACGUUCCUCCCGGCCAUCCCGCUGGCUACCGCUGCUCGCCCGAAGUCCAGCCCUUGAUCCCAAGCGCUCCCCUGCCCCACGGCUCGGGCUCUCGGCCGCUCUGGAAGUGUUUAGUGCUGCAGUCCAGCUCCGAGCUGAGAAAGCAGGAGGAGGGGUUGUCAGGACGGGAGGGAAAGUGCACGGUUCCUGCUGAUUUCUCAGGGACGGGCACCCCCAGACACAGUCUGAGCGUUCGCCUUCACGCCCCCUCUGGGCGGGGCAGUCAGGGAUCUGAAGAGGAAGUCCAGGAUGUCCACGAACACUCUGUUUAAUAAAACACUGGCCUGUUUGCCUACUGGAGAGCUGGAGCGGACAGAGAUGUUCAGCGCACCGGCUGCAGAGGAGCUCACGGCUCGCUCUCCGCACGGGCAGCGCAGAAGGACCAGCCCGGCCAUGCCACGCUGCACACAGCAAACACGGUGGUGUCCUCACGUGUUCCUGAGUUGCGAUGGUCAAGAAACACAGAGCCGUGUUCUCUGUGGGAGGCACAGGCAGCCCCCUGCACCCGGGGCAUCAUCGUCUGCGUGGGAGUCACCAGCUCGCGGAGCGAGAGCAAGCUGCUAUUUUGGCAUGUUCAUGCCUCAGAAGGUUUUGCUAAACCCUUCAAAAAUAAACAAGCCUUCGAGACCAAAAGCUGCAGAAACAACUUUCUGUGGCCUGAUAGCUCCUGACUUCAUUUCUUCACUUAGGUCAAAAGCCAGACUUCUUCAUUUAACUUUUCCACUCUUAUUUCAGACACAGGAACAAGGUGUUCGCCAGGUCAGCGCUGCAAGGCGCUGCUUCUGACUUCACUGGAAACCAACAGCUCUUGCCACUUUUGAUCACUUUGUUGUCCCUCAGCUGCCAUCAUCUCGGCCGUUCGCUGCGUUGUGCCAGCAGCAGGAGUGGGGACACGGGGACAAUGUCAGCGUUUCUGGAAAGGAGCUGGGCCAGACUCUUUCCAUUGCAAAGAAUCCACCCUCUCAUCUGGCAAUGUGAACGAGACUCUUCACUCAUCUUCUAACUCCCUCGCUUACCCUCAGAACAGGGGAGGUGGCAGCCCUGGUAGGAGCAACUCCUUUCUUGAGCCUGUUUCACAUCUGAGAUGCCGCUCCCACAGGAGUCACGAGGAAACCCUGAGUUCACGAGGCUCCUGCUUCUCUCCUUCCUCCCUCGUUGCCCCAAACCACAGCAAAAAAUCCCAGCAAAAGCAUGUGUAAUAAACGCAGAGCAGAGCCCCAUCCAUCACCCAGCUUUAUCUUCAUAUUUCUGAGACACCUGAAAUGACCCUGCCAAGGCAUUUUUCAAAAUACCCUUCUGCCUUUUCUAGCGUUUUGAUGAUGGAGAGAGAAAACUUGCAAAAUCGCUUGGCUCUCAUUUUAUUAGUUUUUUUUUUCCCGCUCCCUUUUUUUUUUGGAACAUCACUAGCUCUUAUUUCCUACAUCUCAUAAUUUGGGGACGUCGAAGGAAAAUAAAACCUGCCAAUUUCAAAGCACGUAGAACCCAAACAGCGGGGAAUUAGACUGUCGAGUUCAUUGCCCUAAAUGAUCAUUCAGGCCAAAGAAUUCACCACGUGAAGCGGAGCUGAGGGUAACUCCUGACAGUGUGAAACCCGGAGCAGGGACAGACUCCCCCCACCUGCCCAGUGCUCGGUGCUUUCUGGGGCUUCUUGUGAAGCUGCAGCUUCUUCUCCACUUUGUGAGAGUGCACUCGGUGUCAGUUCGGGCUCAUCCUGCCUUCGUGGGUGAGGAAAGCUUUCACGGGGCUUCCUGCCCUUAAUCUUUUUCCCAGCUGCUUCUGACUUCACUGGAAACCAACGGCUCUUGCCACUUUUGAUCACUUUGUUGUCCCUCAGCUGCCAUCAUCUCUGCAUUCAAGCGAUGGUGUUAAAAAUCAGCUGAUAGCACCGUUUUAAACAAAACAUGAUUCCCUUGCCAGUGUUCAUUUCUUGUCUCCCGUGACCGAGCCACUGCGGGAUCUUUCAGUCUAGAGAAGGGCUGAAUUUCUUUCUUCAAAGAACCCAGCAGAAUUCCAUUUUAACCGUUUCAGGCUCUUUUUGCUCAUCCUACGGAGCAAGCAGAAAACACAAGCUCAGACGUUUUCUCCCUUACAGGAAAGUCAGUCUUUAAAUAGAGGAAAAAACCCAGGAACGGGUCUAGAUUCCCCCAGUUCAACUUCUUGUGCGUGUGGUCCAUGGCUUGUCUCAGCCAGCUCCCCUGUCCUUGGCCAUCCUGGAGGGCUCAGAUGACUUUACAGCGGGGAGGGUCAUGAAGUCCGAGUGCUCCCGCUGGUUUCUUUAGGAGUCAAGAAGGCCGAGAGCCUCCAGGGACACAUUUCACUGCCUCAAAGGAACGACCGUUUAGUUUGCAGUCUGAAAGUCCUCUUCUCUGGGGGUCCGAAUCUGCGGCAAGCCCUAAGCUCCUUGAGAAAGUGGUCAGUACUAACGCACCCCCUCCACUCCCACUGCAGUAUUACCGGGCUGUGCAGGGCAGCGCCUGCUUCGGAGUGUUCUCCUUUCCUGAGGUUUAUGCUGCUGCUCCUUUUCUACUAGAAAACAGCCAUCCCAGAUGCUGGGCCCCCUCCCUGGGGUUUGCAGAGCUCAAUGAGAGCGUGCAGGUCUGCCUCGGUGGGUUCCUGGGUGGAAGGAGAGGGAGGAACGCUCCUGAAGGUGGUUUUUAAGAUCCUUUUCAGUAGAGGGACUGUCGUCCUUGGCCGCCUGGAAGAGAAGAAGCAAUGACUGAGAAAACGGGGAACAGCUCCUCUCAGCCCUGCAGCUCUCGCGCCGGCGCAACACCCCUGUCCCAUUUCUUCAGCAUCGCUGCGAUGAAGCCGAGCUCAUUUUCCUUCGUUGUGUCCAAAGUCCCAGCUGAAAACUGACGGAAGCCAGAGCAUCCCGAACGUGCUCUGUCCGAACACGAAGCCCCUUCCCCAGGGACCGUCACCCCGGAGCUCCCACCCCCCGUGGCACCGCGGCCGGACCCAGAGCCCCUUUUGUAACAGUCAGAUCCUUUUGAAAUGUGAAUAUUGGUUAUUUUUGUCGCUGGUUUUUUGUUUUGUUUUGUUUUCUGAGUCUGUCCUGGCUCGUGGGGCUUGGGAAUAAAUUAUGACCCUAAAAAAAGAAAAAAAAAGAAAAAAAAAAUACGUUUUAUAUAUAUGCAAAACUGUAUAUUUAUAUCCGAUAGAAACAAAGAUGUGUGAAUAUGCUGAUGUGCUCAGAAAUAUAUUUAUUUACUAAUAUAUUUAUCCAUGUA